CUCUCGCCUCGGCCUCCCAAAGUGCUGGGAUGACGGGCUGAGCCACCGCGCCCGGCCCCUACAUUUAAUGGCAGGCUCUCUGGACGCCGUGGAGCUGAUGGCAGAGGAUGUCGGCCACCAACAACAUCGCCCAGGUCCGCAAGCUGGUGGAGCAGCUGCGUAUGGAGGCCGGGGUGGAGCGCAUCAAGGUCUCCAAAGCCUCGUCCGAACUCAUGAGCUACUGUGAGCAGCACGCCCGCAGCGACCCCCUGCUGGUCGGCGUCCCGGCCUCCGAGAACCCCUUCAAGGACAAGAAGCCUUGCAUCAUUCUUUAGCCGGGUUCCGGGGAGUAUGUCUCUGUCUCUCUGUCUCUCUGUCUCUCUCUGUCUCUCUCGCUCUCUCUCUCUCUCUUUCUCAGGAGGCCAUCCCUCUGAACUUAGUGCAAGCAAAACACCUCAAGUCCCCACGCUUUUAUUUCUUCUUCUUUCUUUGGUCGGGGUCUCACUCUGUCACCCAGGCUGGAGGGCAGGGGCAUGAU